GCCGGCUGCGGCGCGGGUUGGAAAGGCCCGCGGUCGUGGGCUGGGGUCGCGCGGUUCCUCGGCCAUGGCCUCGGGGAAGCCGGUCGUGGCGGUGACCUGCACCGCGCCGGUCAACAUCGCGGUCAUCAAGUACUGGGGAAAGCGGGAUGAGAAACUGAUCCUGCCCAUCAACUCCUCUCUGAGCGUCACUUUGCACCAGGAUCAGUUAAAAACCACCACGACGGCCGCCAUCAGCAGAGACUUCACGGAGGACCGGAUUUGGCUGAACGGCUGCGAGGAGGACAUUAGGCAGCCGCGCCUCCAGGCCUGCCUGAAGGAGAUCCGCCGUCUGGCCUGCAAGCGCAGGAGCGGCAGCCCGGAAGACCCACUGCCCCUCAGCCACAGCUGCAAGGUUCACAUCGCCUCGGAGAACAACUUCCCCACGGCUGCGGGCCUGGCCUCCUCAGCGGCCGGCUAUGCCUGCCUAGCCUACACCCUGGCCCGCGUCUAUGGGGUGGAGAGUGACCUCUCGGAAGUGGCCCGCAGGGGCUCGGGCAGCGCCUGCCGCAGCCUGUACGGUGGCUUCGUGGAGUGGCAAAUGGGAGAACGGGCUGACGGGAAGGACAGCAUUGCCCGGCAGGUGGCCCCUGAGUCACACUGGCCCGAACUCCGAGUCCUCAUCCUCGUGGUGAGCGCCGGGAAGAAGCUGACGGGCAGCACCGUGGGCAUGCAGACCAGCGUGGAGACUAGCCCCCUGCUCAGGUUCCGCGCCAAGGAGGUGGUGCCGGCCCGCAUGGUGGAGAUGGCCCGCUGUGUCCGGGAGCGGGACUUCCAGGCCUUCGGCCGGCUGACCAUGCAGGACAGCAACCAGUUCCACGCCACCUGCCUGGACACCUUCCCGCCCAUAUCCUACCUCAGCGACACGUCUCGGCGCAUCAUCCACCUGGUGCACCGCUUCAAUGCCCUCCACGGGCACACCAAGGUGGCCUACACAUUUGACGCGGGUCCCAAUGCUGUAAUCUUCACUCUGGAUGAGACCGUGGCUGAGUUUGUGGCUGCCGUGAGGCACAGCUUCCCACCUGAGUCGAAUGGAGACAAGUUUCUGCAGGGGCUGCCUGUGGAGCCUGCCCUGCUCUCGGACGAGCUUAAAGCUGUGCUGGGCGAGGACCCCGCUCCUGGCGGCAUCAAGUACAUCAUUGCCACCCAGGUAGGACCUGGGCCUCAAGUCCUGGACGACCCUGGUGCUCACCUGCUGGGCCCUGAUGGUCUGCCGAAGCCAGCCGCCUGAGCACCCUAGUGGAGCCCCAGCUGCCACUGGGUGAAGGGGCCACUUCACUGGGACUGGGGAGCCGGGUGUGGCGGUCGGCCCACCCUGCUUGUUGGGAUUGUGGGUGGCUGCCUCACUCUGGGCCCGGCAAUGUGCCAUGGCAGAGCUGGGGCAGUGGAGAAACACCUGCAGCCACACAGGCGGUCAGGAGCCCCCCAGUACCUCAUCUUCCCCACCUGCACCCACACUUUGCUGAGACGGGAGCCUAGAUCAGGAGACAGACGUGGAGGACCAGCCAUCCAGGUGGAGCUGCCAGUGCCCCCACCAGUGAAGUGCUCUCUGGCCCUGAACUUGGGCCACCCCCACUGCCCCAGGGAGAAGACGGCCAAUCAGUGUCCCCCUUGGGGCUGGAGGACCAGUCACCGUGCAGGGAGCAGCCUCAGGACACCUCCGUGAAGUGUUCCUCCAGACCCUGAGCUUAGGCCCAUGUGCCUGCAGUUUCUUCACAGACCAGUGGUGUGUCUGGAGCGGGGCGGGGAGCAGCACCGAGAGGUGGACGGGACUCUGUCUGGCCCCAGAGUAAAGGCAGUGAGCUG